AGUUGAUUGGCUUCAUUAAAGUUUAAUUAAAGGAAUUAUGGUCUCUUCCUUGCAUUAGCUUUAUUUCCAUUAAAAAAAACCUUUUAUCACUUCAAAAUAUUUCCAUAGAAACUGUAAAAUACAUCAAAUUGAUUGCAAUAGUCAAAGUAUGUGAUUUCUCAGAUAAGCUGUGAUUGGUCAUUGGGACUUUCCUGAUUCCUUUGAGACUCCAGCUGGAGAGCACCUGGCACUCUCUAAUCCUUGGUUACAGGUGGGCUGAGAUAUCUGCAUUACAGAGGACUGGAAUUGGCCCCAAGUGGUGAGGUGUCUGUUCCUUUGCUCCUCCCGCACUCUGAGAGCGGUUAGAUGUGUAAACGCAUGAACAUUUCCAGAAAUUUAAACAAACGUUGUUGUGACUCAAUUCAAGGCAGCUUCUUUCAACUUCUAGACUGAUCGACUGCUGGACUGAUUCAACUGAAAAGAUCCUUCUCACCUCGAUUCCCCUAAGACGUUUCCUAUCAUCAUGAAGACUUUUCCAGGAUUCCUCCUCAUCUUUGCAGUUCUAUGGAGUGGCGAGUCUCUGAUUUGUGAAGUAUGUAACAGGGACGGCCUUAAGUGUUCAGGACAGAAUGAGACCUGUAAAGCUCAACUUCAGACCUGUGCUGUAGUAUUAGUUGAAAGCACAAAUUGGGGGAAACCUAGACUGAGAACAGUAAAAACCUGUGAGCGCCGAUAUAAUUGUGACACACCUGUGCAAUCUCUGAAUAUGGGUCGAGGGAGAUAUGAACGGUCAAGUGUCUUCUGUUGUAUAGGGGAGGCCUGCAAGAAGUCUCCUCCUCGAUUCUCACCAGGGUUCGUCCAACCCAAUGGGAGGGAAUGUCCUGCCUGUUUUGCCACUCAACUUUCUCUGUGUGGAUCUGCCAAAGUAGAUUGUUCUGGAAAGGAGAUCUACUGCAUUAGUACAUAUCAAACAAUUCCAGUAGGUGGAACUAUGGUGACGUACUACAAAAAAGGCUGUGUUACUAGAGCGCUUUGUUUCAAGCGGGCUGGAUCAUAUACUAAAUAUGGUGAUGCUUCAAAUCCUCUAUCGAAUUGUACCUACGCGGUUAGGAAAAAAUGAAAUCUGUCUUGUUUUUCUCCGUUCUCUGACAUGGAGUUUAUAUUGCAGCCCACUUGUUAUUUUCAACAUUUUUAUUUUAAUAACUAAAUUCCACAUACAGUAAUUGAAAAAACAAUGUGUAAUAUGUACACAUAAUGUUAACUACAAUAAUACUAAUGCACACUACAAAUUACUAAAACAAAUACUAAAACAGAUUUAAACACAAAUUACACAUUACCGAUAAAAAAAGAAAAAUAAAUUAGUUGAAUACCAAUUUUAAUACCAAUGAUAUGUACCUGCCCUACCUUCCUAAUUCUCAUAGAAUAUCUCACUUUCUACUAAUUCAUCAGAACUACUAAUUCUGAAAUCUGCAAUUAAUAUAUCCUCAAUUAUUUUUAUGGAAGAAAAUAAUCAAUGGUUCUUUCCUAGCCUUUCUUAAAACAAGCUUAUGGUUUUUCUCUUAUCAUGGUACAUAAUUUGUCUUGCUGAAGUAAUCAUAGUAUGUAACAAUCUUUUUGUUGCUUCUCAUAGGUCCCAUGUACACUGCCAUAUAAAAUCUAGAUUAUUUAUUUUGAACUGGAUUAUAUGGCAGUGUAGACUCAUAUAAUCUUGUUCAAAUCAGAUAAUAUGGAUUAUUUGGUUUCAUGAUCUGGAUUAUACGACAGUGUAGAUCUACACUGCUAUAUAAUCCAGAUUAUCAAAGCAGAUAAUCCACUUUAUCUGCUUUGAACUGGAUUAUGAGUCUAGACUGCCAUAUAAUCCAGUUCAAAUCAGAUGACCUGGAUUUUAUAUGGCAGUGUACAUGGGGGCUCAGUUUGUAGUCACCUUCAAAAUUUAUUACUGAACCGAUGUUGCAGUAGGCAAAUGUAUUUAUUAUGUACGAAAAGUGAUGAGUUAUGACUAGACAUGUGCAUUUGAAGGGAAGGAAUUGCUGGAAAUGGUGGUUUGCUCUCUGAAUGCCUAUCUCUAUUGAUUAAACUGUGCAAUAC